UACCUUGCAUACGGAUAUCAACGCAGUUGGAUGUCGAUGUUGUCCUGGUGAACUGAAGAGACCAAGAGAGAAUCCAGAACCGCGGUUUACCCUCAAACACUGGGAUUAGGUCUUUAUGGAUGUCUCAAUAUAGAAGUCGGCGUUUGAGAACAAGUUGCUCUCCUGUCGGUGAAAUAUAAAGAGGAAGAAGAAGCGUCCAAUUAGAUGAAAAUGGGAGACCAGUCGCUGACACCACCACGGUCGCCAUCUUCUUUUUCUCCCAAUAAUGGUGGAAACAGUGUACAUCCUUUGAUGACAUUGGAAUUUUCGAAACAGUUGACGGAUUGUGGAGUGAACGUAAGCCAGUUGGAUCUUGAUCCGAACCAAACGUCAGCUGAUUUUUUUGAUUACUUGAAUGAUGUUUUAACUUCGCACAACUGUUCCACUGGUGGGCCCGUGCAGCCCUGGGAGCCGACUACUUCUGCCAGCCCGCACGUUCUUCUUAUUGUUUACUUUGCAGCGAUUAUGGUGCUCAGUUUAGCAGUCAAUACUUGCGUUAUCGGCACUAUAUGUCGUGUGCGAAAACUCAGAACUAUUACGAACUGUUUUGUCUUAAGUCUAGCUUUUGCAGACUUGCUAAUGGCCUCCGUUGUUGUUCCGUUGAAGAUCAAGGAGCUGUACAAUCAGAAGACAGAGACGUCGCCUUUUCUUGAUACUUUAUUCCCAAUUCUUGGAGUAGCAUCGUUGUUGAACUUGUGUGCAGUAACUCUUGAUCGCUACUUUACGAUUACAAGCCCCUUGACGUAUGAAGCCAAGGUUAGUAGUCUACAGACGGGAAUAGUUAUAGCAUCAAUCUGGGUCAUCUCUACUACACAGGAGAUGAUUCGCUUCGCGGUUAAUAAAGAUGAAUACCUAUUUCAAGUGAUCCGGUUUGUGAUAGUGUUCAGUGUACCAUUUAUCUGUGUGAUGUUCGUAAAUGCCAAGAUCUACCUGAUAGCCAGAGGACAUGCCAGACAAAUAAGAGCUUCAGUUCCGGAUCAAAAUACUGAUUCCAAUCGCCGCAACUUCUAUAAGAAGAUGAAAACUGCACAAGUCAUUGGCUUGCUCGUAGGAACCUUUAUUUUUACUUGGUUGCCAUAUUUUAUCAUAACAAUCUACGAACACAUUAAUGAGCAAAGACAUGUUUCUACAGGUGUAUCGUUGUACAAGCCAACCCCAGCGUUAGAAGUCGGGAAAAUCGUCUGCGCAGCGCUAGCAUGCAGUACUGCACUCUUUAAUCCUCUAUUAUACGGUUUUCUCAGGAAAGAAGUAAGAAGUGCUAUUAUCAAAUGCGUAAAGUGUGAGAACAUUAACCAGUUAGAUUUUAAUACGAAUACAGAAAUAACAGCACGAAGGAUAGAAAAUACGACUCGGAAAUAAACAGAUAGAAAAUCAUGGUAUUCAUUUUAUGUCGUGUGGUGAGCAGAUCAGCAACAGCUAGCGGCGAUAUUAUAUUCAUUUCCAAUUUAAAACGAUUUAUCGAGAAAGUAUUUUAGUGGUAUAAGUUUAAAUAACAAAUUAAAGCUAACGCAGAGAAUAAAUAUCAGCUUUAUUUUGCUGGCUUAGUGAAAAAAAAAGAAAUAUAUAUAAGGUCAUGACUUUGACAAAUGAGAGUUUGUAAACGAAACAAAACUCGGGGGACUUUUUCGCAAAGCAAUAUUGAAAAUCUUUUCCUGUUACAUGAACUUCUUUACUGUUUGAUAAAACUUGCUAAAGCUUUAAUUAUUAUUACUAUUGUUUUAUUAAUUCUAAGAGUUAUACCAUAAACUUAUAACUGGUAAACAAAGUAUAAAGCAUUUUAACUGCGGAUUUUGUGUGUUUUUGAGAGACCGGUACAGCUGCAAAAUAGCGAAGAAAGGAUUGCUUUUUUUGUGUCGAAAAAAAAACUUAUUAAAGAGUGAUUAAUACGCAAGGUGUUCAGAAGCUCACACUUAAUAUAUCAAUUAAUAGUUAAAAGAGACAACAGAUACAUCAAGAACACCAUCAGGCCGAUAUUUAACAGCGACGGUUUUUUUGGGGGGAUUUAUUUGACGCAGAGAAUGAACGUUCCAUUUAGCCUGACGUGACAUUAAAAAUCUGUCUUUGCUCGUAUGUGCGAGUUCUCUUAUGUACAUAGAUUAUUCAAAUAUAUUUUUUCACCGUAUUAUGGUGACGCGAUAUUAAUUUUGCAGUGAGAAAAAAUACGACUCAACUACAACAAGAGGAAAUGAAAACUGGAAAACUGGUUUUUAGAUCAUGAAGGGGUUGAAUUUGAGAGUAACAGUUAAUUGUACAAUUAAAUAGAAUCAUGUAAUAAAAUAAUUGUAUGAUGUG